GCUCAGGAGUGGCUCCUCCACACAGAUCAUCUGCUGGACUUGGCGGAGGAGAUGGCUCUGCCCAAACUGGAAUCUUUUAAUGGAUCCAAGACCAACGCGCUGAACAUCUCCCAGAAGAUGAUCGAGAUGUUCGUGAGGACGAAGCACAAGAUCGACAAGUGCCACGAGUUCGCGCUGGUGGUGGUGAACAACGACGCCACGUGGCUCUCAGGGUUCACCUCGGACCGCGAGGUCUGCAGCUGCCUCUACGACCUGGAGACCGUCGUCUGCAAGUCAUUCAAUCUGGAGGGACUCUUCAACCUGAUCCAGCAGAAGAUCGAGCUGCCGGUGACGGAGAACGUACAGACCAUCCCGCCCUACGUGGUCCGGACCAUCCUGGUGUUCGGCCGCCCGGGCUGCCAGCCCCAGUUCUCCAUGUCGGAGCACAUGAAGAAGACGCUCCAGUGUCCCUACUUCUUCUUCGACGUUUACAUCCACAACGGGGCGGAGGAGAAGGACGACGAGAUGAGCUGGAAGGAGAUGUACGCCUUCUUCAGCAGCCUGGACACCAAAGGCACCAACUACAAGUACGAGGUGUCACUGGCGGGGCCGGCGGUGGAGCUGCACAACUGCAUGGCCAAGCUGCUGGCGCACCCGCUGCAGCGACCCUUCCAGACCCACGCGGCCUACAGCCUGCUGGGGGAGGAUGAGCCCCCCGAAAUCGAAGCCACCGUCUGAGCCGUGGGGACUGGGCGG